UAAUUCGGUGACAGCGGUGGCAGAUGGAAAGGAGGAAACGAGGAUAAUAUUUAGAAGUUAAACGGGGACAAGUGUCUAAUAAUGGACAAGUUGAAAAGUGUACUAAGUGGGAAGGAUCAAGAUGAGGAACAGGGAAUUGUCACUCAGAUUUCAGAAGGUUCAACACUGAGUUGGUCCACCAGACUGAAAGCUUUUUGUUUCUGUUUUGUACUUGGUGUUUGUAUGUCUGUUCUGGGUUCAGCGUUACUCUUUGUGGGCAGAAAUGGACUGGUCCUGUUUGCUGUAUUUUACACACUUGGAAAUAUGUUAUCAUUAGCCAGCACAUGUUUUCUUAUGGGACCAUUGAAACAGGUGAAAAAAAUGUUUGCUCAGACGAGGAUAAUAGCAACCAUACUUGUUCUGGUUUGUUUUGUCAUGACUCUGGUGUCAGCAUUUGCACUGAAAAAUGCUGCCCUUGCCUUGGUUUUCUGUAUACUACAGUUCCUGGCCCUAACAUGGUAUUCGAUUUCAUACAUACCAUUUGCACGAGAUGCGGUUAAAAAGUGCUUUGGAGCCUGCUUGGAAUAAGUGGCCAGCUGUUCGCCAAGAAAGUUCUACAAAAACUGUCUGACUAAUUCUGCAUGAUUUGAUACUCUAAGUCACUGUGUUCAAUUUUAGGAAGAGCUGUUUAUAAAUUAACAUCAGUCAAUAUCAGAUUGGUUGACUGAAGAGACCAGAAGGAUUGGACAUACACAUGGAAUUAGUGCUGGUUUGGAGUGUAUGGAUAGUUUCCGGUGUAAAUUAUAAGUGUACAAAGUAUAUACUUGUAAAUUGUUACAGGUUUGUCCCUGUUGUGUUUCAGUGUGUACAUAUAUUUUUGUGGUGAAUGACAUAAAUUCAUAUAUAUUUGUUCAGCAACUUGAUACAUCAAACAUGUAUUUUACUUUCAUUUAUUUUUUACUCAUCUCAGGAUUACAUGCUUAAUCCACUGUCCACGUUAGCUCUAAAUAUUUUUGUAAUGACUGCAUUAAAUCCUAAAUUUCUUCAAGGGGAAACUAAAUUUACAGAGACUAUUUUGUAAAAUCAAAGCAAAGUUUCUUCUUGUAUGUUUUAUAUUUACAGAGGGUGCUUCAGAAAUCAGGGUUGAUGUUGUAAACCAUCCCUUUUACAUGUAUAUUGUAUGAAGAGUUGGUCAUUUUCUGAAUCUACGAAAGCAGUAUGAUUUCACUCCAAAAUAAUGAGUGUAGAUAUUUUAACGAGUUACUGUUGCAUCCUUUCCUGAGUGAGAAAACGUCAGUUAAGCUCAAAAAUGCUUCAUAGGAAAUAAUCAAGACGUUAUUUUCGAAAAUGUCUUCAUCUUGCUAAUGGUUUUGGAAUUUAGAAGCUCAGUGUUAAUGUAGAGGUUAAGAAUUUUAGCAAGAAUUCAAUACAGGCACAUUAUGUAAUAUGAGCAGGUUAUAAUUCUCUACAUUUACAUGUUGCAGUUGCAUUCAGAUUUGUAUAAUUGAAUGGGACCAAUUAAUUGCUAUUUUUCUAUGAUAACUGAUCAUUCAUAACGCAUGUCUUGGGUUAAACUUAGACAAUUUAGCCAUCAAUUCAUUGCAUUUUUGGAUAUUAUUGUUAUUAAUUUACGCUAUGAUUUACCCUAGGAGAGGGAAGGUAGGGGCCUGGGGUAAGAUCGUUGACUUUUGAGAUAGGAUUUGUAUUUCUGCACAACCUGGCCAUUAGUACAAUUAGGAAACAAGGCCCAUUGAUGUUGUGAAGUAUCAUGUGACAUGGCAUACCCUGGGUGAAGCCGUCAACAUUGAGCAAGGAGUAGACCCAUCUUAUUUUAGAAUUUUAUGUAUUAUAGUUUAUACAUGAAGAUGACAAAUAUAAAUUGUUUGCCCUUGCUUAAGGCAUGCAGGUAUCAAUAAGCAUUUAUUCAUCUGCGCAUAAGCUUAAGUCGGACAAAUUUACACUAGUUUGGCCCUUGAUUACACAACUAUGUGAUUACAGUUACUUCCACAGUGCAUCUGAGAACUGUGCGCAAGCCUUUGCGCAGGCAUAGUUGAACACCAGCACUUUUAGCUGUCAUUCCUACUUAUUACAGCGCAUGCAUCACUCUCUACAUUUGCUUUACAUCACUACUUUGAAAGGGAAUUCAUGUGUAUAAAAUAUUAUUAGAAACAAUGGUUGAGGCAGAUUUUUUUUUCAUUUUCUGACAACACUUCCUGCGUCAUCACCCUGACCCCAGUGAUCCCAAGGUUGUUCCAGAUUUUUUGCAAAAUUUGCUAGUAGUGGCAGUGAUGUAAAUUGAAUGCAGUGUGCGACGGAUGCGUUGUAAGGAGUGUGACUGUCAUUGUGUUCGUGGACGCAACAUUCUGGAAUGGACCAUGUCUGUCAGCAAAGGAGGUAAUGAUAGUCACCAAAUCCAUGAAUCAGUAGGUGUAUAAAUAUUCCUUCCCCUUUGAUUUGAUGGGAAACUCUUGAGAAGUAUUGCUUUUAAUAGCCAGUUACUGCAUGGAUCGCAUUCAUUAUUAUUUUAAGGUUACAUGUACUUUUGUGAAAUGCAAUCUGUUAAGUCACAUUUUGAUAACUUCCACUAUGUGAAAUGUGAAUUAUGUUUAAAGGUUACUAAUAAGGUGAAUUGGAGCAGGAUGUUUUUUUUGAAGUGCGACUGAAAGUUACUUGUGUUAUCAUUAAUCUAGUGCCGCGUCAUCCAUUUACGUUUAAUCAAGUUAGAGACGUCUCACCGAUGCAGAGGCGGCAAGAUACGCCUAGUUGUAAUUGUGAUUCCACAAGAGUAUCUAGUAGUUUUCUUCUGACACAAAGUGUAAAUGUUGUAGUAUUACAUAAGUACUACUGUAUUUCAGCUGAAGUUGACAGAAACAAAUGAAGGCCAUCAGAUUAUACAUGUACUUCUAAUGCCAAGUAUGUUUUUCUGAUACGAAAUUAAUCAGACGCUGAAAGCAGCGGUCAUUCCAUAACGAGCUUGGUGUAUAUGUACAUUACCUUUCACAAUUGGACAAGGUUCCAUUCAUACUCCAAACAAAAUCAGAUCUACAUGUAUUAUUUCUUGCUUGACCGAAAUUAGAAAGUGUUCCAUAUGAACUCCAACCAGAAAAAUCGCAGUACCGGUAGUCGCCAUCUAGUUUCCUUAAAUGCAAAACUCACCAGCAAGCAUGUUAGACGAUUGUCUCAACACUGUUUGGUCGUAACUUGAGCUCCAUGUGAAAAAAAACUUGCCAUGGUCCUUGGUGUUAUGCUACGUGAAAGGGAGGAUCAUACAUUCAGACCGUCCCCUGCUGGUUUGGUUCCUGGAAUUGUCAGUUGGUGUGCUGGUGCGUAACCGUGAUAAUCAGACGUGCACUAAACACGGCGGUGCCUUAUAAUUCUGCUCAUUGUAACUUUAUGGUGAUGCAAAUAUUUGUGUACAAUUAUGUUCUUGUACUGCAUUGUGAAUAAAUUAAAAUUACAAAUUAA